CGUGUUCGUCCACUCGGCGUGGAAGUAAUUUCCUCAUAAAUAUUUCUGCUUUGAUCGGAACAGAAGAAUAGUCAUUAUUAUCUAUUAUGGUGGUAAUCUGUGAAAUUCGGUUUACUAACAAUCCAGUGGGCACUUAUUUUGCUGGCCAAGUGGUUACUGGUCAAGUGCUUUUGAAAUCGGAUAAGUUAAAACUUGUGAAAGCUGUCGUAUUAAAGAUCAAAGGGUAUGCCCAUACCAGUUGGUCUGAGAAAAAGUCAGAUGAUUCCACCGACUGGCAUACGGGACAUGAGGAUUAUAUUGCAACUAAAGUAUAUCUAUUGGGCUCCAAUAAUACUAAUGAGGUCUCAAUUGAGCCUGGUAUUCGGACCUAUAAUUUUGCUUGUCAAAUACCAAUCAGAUGUCCUUCAUCCUUUGAGGGACUUCACGGUCAUGUGCGCUACGAAGUAAUUGUUAAGCUCAUAAGACCAUGGAAAUUUGAUCAGACCUUUAGGCGACGUUUUACUGUACUCAAACUGUUGGAUUUAAAUGCGGAAAGUUAUUUGCUGAAAUCUCCAGCCCAUUCAGAAAGCCAGAAAACGUUUGGCUGCGGCAUCUGCCUUUCUAGUCCCCUUGAUCUUCGUUUGUCGCUGCCACAACGGGGCUAUGUUCCGGGCCAAACAAUACCCGUCAGCGUAUUGGCCACCAAUGAGAGCUACAUACGCGUGGAGGAAAUAAAAGUUAGCCUUGUGAUGAUGGUCAUCUAUUAUAGCAAUCCACCGUGCGUGGAAACUACAACACAAAAUUAUGUGGUCGCCAAAAAGAAGGGUGAAGGCGUCUUAAGAAAUUCCAAAAAGCAGUUCAUUUUCGAUCUAGGAGUGCCCCCCACACCGCCCACUUGUUUCGAUCUGUGUCGCAUUUUGCAGAUAGCCUAUCAAAUUGUGGUUGUGGCCAAGGUGAAGGGUUGUCAUGUGAAUGGCUCUGUUCAUAUGCCAGUAACCAUUGGCAGUGUGCCAUUUAGGCAAGAAUUGCAGCAGCAACAACCCAGACGCAUACAACCUGUUGACCCUAUAAUACCACUUGUGCCACAAGAGCUGGAUGCCAAAGCUUUGGUAUUGCUGGAUAAGGAAGAGAUUGAUACUACAGAUACUGCACCUAGUCCAUGGGCAUCAGAUCUUAGCAUAAACCCUCCUAGUUACUCUGAGGCUUUGCAUAUACCGCCCAAUGUGAAGAAAUCUCCAAAAAAUUCGACGAAUGAAGAGGUCGAAGAACCAUUUACGCCACUCUAUCCAGUAUUUAAUAUUUCCAGUCCUUUGGCGUCCAAUGGUGAACAGCCAACUGGCUACUCAAAUCGAGGAGGUUUUGUCGAUGAUGACAACAUCGAUAGAAGCAGUUGGUUGUGAUGUGGAAUAAACCAAUUUGGUGAAAUUAUACAAAAAACAUUUUGUAAACAAUAAAUGUCGGUUAUAAAUUGCUUUUGCAUCUCUAACACAAA